UGCACACUCUAGACCCAAUUGAAAACCCCUCCAAUCGUGAAUAUGUUUCUCAUCUCAAUGCAUACGAUAGCAGUGAAAUGGGAGGUGGCAAAUAAUUAAUGGUCCGCAGUCUAAGGUAACCCAAGAUAGGCCCCAAUCAGAAGUUGUCAAGGGGGGUGUGUUGAUGGGAAAGUGUGGGUUUAUUAGCGACGUUGCAACCUUGAAGAGUAUUUGCGGACUUUGCGCGGUGUUGUUUGCACUUUACUGAAACGGGAAUCAUCUUUCAAAUGUGUGGGUUUGUAGCAAAAUAGCAGACAAAUGAUUCGGAAGGAUUUCCAAGGGAAAUGUUCGGACACAAUAGGUUGGGCCAUGCAAUGCCAUCCUGCCCGUGGAGAACUUUAUUUCGAGUAGGAUUUUUCUUGGUCGUUGGCGGCUGCUCCCUCCUCGGUAUGUGCGGUGCGGUGCGGUACAGUACAGUCCUGGCUGGCGGGCGGGCGGGCGAAGGAACAGCAGGCAGGCAUCAGCACUCAGUUGAGCCCGUCUCUUACACGCCAUUGGUCGAGAGAGACGAAAUCUGUUUUGGGGGCCGUGACCAGCCUCGUUUGGAUGGCCGAGACUCAGCCUUGCGAUAGGGGGUGGUGGUGCAAAAGCAAGGGGGCGUAUAUGUGUGUGCGAAUGGGAGAUAUGGGAAUCACGAAGAAGUUGAGUUCAAUUGCGUGGUGGUGGUUCAAGGUGCUGACGGGAUUUCGGGGAGGGGGCUGCUUUCUUUGCCGGACGCACGGAGGAGAAUGGAGUGCCGCGGGAGGCCUUUGCAUGGACUCCAUGGUAUCAUGGGAAUUUGGGCGGCGGUGGUGGGGGGGGGGGGUGUUU